AAGUGGCAACUCAUAACUAACAACUAUCCUAGAUUCGUCCUGACUUUGCCCAGAUAAUAAUGGUGUCAGUUAUUCGAAACCUGUUGAUUUCCAUUUCGUUUGCUCGAAAAAUAUAACCGGAUUCCAACAAAUCGAAGUUUGUCGCUACAUUUCACAUUCUAAAUAUAUUUUCCUUCUGGCGGUUAUUUUUAAAUUUUAAUCACAACAGAGCCGACAUCGUAAAAUAGUAGUGUUUAUGCUGUUCGUUGAUCAGGUUUAGUGAAAAAUCUUACUCCCCAUGGGAAAAACACAUGAAGUUGUUUUGAUACUGCAAAGAAGUUCCCCUAAUGAACAGUGGGGUUUCAGUUUAGUUGGAGGGGCGGAUGUCAAAACACCGUUAAUCGUUACAAGAGUCGGAUUCGGAUCCCCCGUGGAGGGAGUCCUUCACAGGGGUGACAUCAUCACGAAGGUGGGAAACUAUGAUUCCAGAGACAUCCGCCAUCAAGAUGCACAAAACCUAUUCAAAAAUGCCGGGAGCAACAUUCGAGUUGUAGUUCAAAGGGAAAAUGCUCCUCGCCAAGCUACUAGCACCGGCUCAUCCAGAACUAGCUCUCACAACUACAGUCCGCUUUCAGUCUCACCCCAUCUCUCCCCAAAAGGAUACACCCCUCCAGGGUAUAGCCCUGGAGCGCCUGCUCUAACCCCCUAUUACUCAUCGCCUCUAACCCCAAUCGACAAUAAUUACUUCGACCCGUACGAAUAUGACCCAACCAGAAAGGAAGAUGGUGAAGAGGAUAUUCAUCUUACUAAACAGCCCUACCGUACGACCCCGCUAGUCCUUCCAGGUGCCAAAGUUAAACGUGAACCAGGACCAAUACAAAGUUAUCUCCGACACCACCCAAAUCCUUCGGUUAGAGCACCUCCACAUGUGUUAGAUUCCGACCUCCUUAUCAAACAAAAGGUCGCUUCCUCGGUCUUAGACAGAAUUUCAACUGGUGAUCCAAACAAACAGCUAGUUCAUAAGCAGUUCAAUUCGCCGAUCAACUUGUAUAGCGAACCAAAUGUUGUAGAUACCAUCCAGAAACAAACUGGGCUGAAGCCCCAAAUGCGCAGACAGGUCAAAUUCAAUCCGGCAGAAAGUGAGACUUACAAAGCUCUUCAGGAAGAAUCUCUAGGAGACCAUGUGCAAGAAGUAACUGUCCCACCUCAAAGUAAAAUUUAUGCCCCGAAUAAAACUAUCCCGAGCAAGAAACCAGCCUUGGUAGUUAACCAAAACCCCCAAUAUACCAAUUCGAUAACAGGUGGAGAUCCUGAUGUGAUUCAACAAAGUGGAUCGUUCAAAAGGUUGAUGUGGAGUGUUCUUCCAGGAAGUAACUUCUGAUAAAUAUGUAUUCCGAAAACCGACGAAUAUUUCAAAAAUAUUCCAAGAUAAUAAUUAUAUCGAUUACCUUUCAAAUUGAUCAACCGUAAUGAUGACAUGCAAACACGUAAAGCCAUCUGUCGAUUUACUCACACGGAUGAAUUUGAUAGGUAUCAAAUGGGUUCAUUAAAUCUAGCUUGUAAAUCACGAUUCUCUUUGCUGAUGAAAAAUCACAUUAUUUGUGUAUGCAAGUGAUAUUUGAUUUUCGUCGUUGUUGGGAAAUUUUUGAGUUGUUAUUAUUUUAAUUUGAUGAAUUCAAAAAACGAGUGUAAUCUAGUCAAAUAAUGGAAUAAAAAUAAGUAAUAUUUUUAUAGGUUAAGUUGAACACUUUUCGAAUUGUUAUGCUUAUUAUAACGAAUUUUAUUGUAAUGUUGAACGUGGAAUGUUGAAUUAUUUAUCGUACCAAUAUGUUUAUAUUCAAAUAAAAAUAUAUUUAUUUUAUGGA